GCGAAAACCUGUAGCAAGUUCAUGAUCAGUACAUAGUGUUCUUACCCUCGAACGAAAAAUUCCAUAAAAAUGAUUGUAAAAUUAUUUUGUUUUUUGCUAAUGGUACAAAAUUUAUCUGUUUAUGGUUCUGUAUUUGAACUUUUGGAUAACUACAUUGAAAAUUUUGAUAAACGAUUGGAUCAUCUGAAGUCUUAUUUAAGUAACUCUAGGGCGAAUCUAGAUGACAAACAAAGUCAUUUUAUCACCGAAGAUACAGAAAAUAUUAAAGAAUAUGGAGAAUUCGACUUUAUAAUAAUAGGUGGAGGUACUUCAGGAUCAGUAAUAGCAAACCGGCUAUCGGAAUUACCAGAAUGGAAAAUACUGCUUUUAGAAGCAGGAGAUAUGGAAACAGAUGAAACAAAAGUACCAUCGAUGCAUGGUUGUUUGAGUAGCCCUGGAAGUCCAUUUACUUGGGGUUUUUAUAGCACCCCGCAAAAUUAUUCAUGCUUGGAUAUGAAAGAUCAAAAAUGUUUCAUUCCAACGGCGAAGAUGUUAGGUGGAACCACAUCCAUAAACAACAUGAUAUACACAAGGGGAAAUGCAAGAGAUUAUGACUUAUGGGCAGAUAAUGGUCUUAAAGGUUGGUGUUCAUUUUCCUUGUCACCAUAUUUCAAGAAAAUGGAAGAUGCUCACCUAGAAACCAUGAUGGAUCAAAACUACCAUCGAUAUGGAGGGCCAGUAUAUUUAGAAAGCUCUCGAGCCUACUCAAACCUAGCCAGUUUAUUUUUAGCCGCAACUAAAGAGACUGGUUUUAAAGAAAUUGAUUUGAAUGGAAAAAAUUCACUUGGAUUUGGUGCGCCUCAGCUAACAACUAAAAAAGGUCAAAGAUUUAGUGCAGCUAGUGCCUACCUAUCAUCCGCAGAUAACAGAAACAACUUACAUAUCUCUACUCAAUCGCAGGUAACUAAAAUCCUUAUCAGCGAACACACCAAAGAAGCUCGUGGUAUUCAAUUUGUGAAGAAUGGAUCGUUCUAUAAAGCUACAGCCAGCAAGGAGAUAAUCCUUUCAGCAGGAACUAUUAAUAGUGCAACACUCUUACUCCUAAGUGGAAUUGGACCUCAAGAACAAUUAAAAAAACUUGAUAUUGACACUUAUCAAGACCUUAAAGUGGGUCAAGGUUUAGUUCAUCAUGUGUUGUUUCCUGGCAUGUCAUAUAGUUUCAAUGGGACUGGUUAUGCGGAAACUCCUUUUUAUUACAGCAAGGAAAUUGAUUAUUUAAGAAAUGGUAGAGGACCAUUAACAUCAAACGGAGUUGACUUAAUAGGUUUUAUUAAAACAGAAUAUUCCGCAGGCAGGCAUCAAUAUCCAGAUGUUGAACUACUAAUUACCAGCGAGGCAGUUGAGGAAAAAUACAAGCAGGUAAAAGAGGAUAAUGCUUCAGUUUCUUCUUCAGAUCAGUUAAGAAAAGUGACAAUAAGCUUGAUUUUGCUGCAUCCGAAAUCUAGAGGAACAAUAACACUGCAUUCCAAAAGCCCUUAUGAUCACCCUUUAAUAGAUCUAAACGAUUUUCACGAGGAAGCUGACAUAGAAACCCUGCUAUCAGCAAUUCGAUCGACCGAGAAAAUUCUCGAAGCGACCUGUCUCCAAUCUUUAAAUCUGCAACAUCUUCAUAAAGACCUCGAAAGCUGUAAAGAUUAUGACUCGAAUUCCGAUGACUACUGGAGAUGUGCAAUCAAAUAUUUAAGCACAAGUAUCGGCGACCUGAGUGGUUCAGCUCCAAUGGGAUUGGAUAAAAAUGGAGAUUUUGGUCAAUCGGUUGUUGACUUAAAACUAAGGCUACAUGGGGUUGAGAAAUUAAGGGUUGCAGAUGAUAGUGUUAUACCGGUUAGUAUAUCGGGUAACACCGCUGCUGUAAAAUUUGUGAUAGGAGAAAAAUGUGCUGAUAUGAUUAAAGAUGAAUGGAUAAAGUAAUUUAAAAACGAAGAUCUCCAAUAAUAAUAACAUAGGUAGGGAUUAACAUUUUUGUCAUAAAAUAAAUAAUUUCAGAAGGAA